GUGGCGAGUGUUUGUUGCAUGUCCUGAGACAGCUGAUAGUUACCAUUAAUAAUUUUUUUAAAUACGGUUGUAGUAAAUUAAAUGUCAUAAAAAUGGUUUAAUGUGCAACGACUGUAUAAAAUCCAUACUAUGGACCGACAUAAAUGCCAAAAGGUCUCGACUAAAUAGUUGUCAUGUAAUAAAUAAUCGAAUAAUAGAUGAAUUGGUAAAUAAAUUAAAUAAUGAGGAGAAUAACAACAGUAAAAAGGCACACCACUGAACUAACGACUUAAAGGCCUCGUGGAUCUGGCAUGCACUAUAAUGAGCAGCGGGCGUGGCCUAAUAGGGCGUCGCCGAGGAGGAAACACAUGGCUUCGAACAGGACUAAUAAUCUUCAUAGUAAUUUUUAUCUCCCUUCAGAUAAAUUUUUUAAGUUACCGCGGUUCAAACGAUUCAAAUUCCGAAUUAAACGAUUCAAAUGCGGCCAUACUGAGUAUGGUGCCGGCCGUGUUGCACAAGUUCCUAACUCCAAGGCCUAGAAACGUGAGCAAUAGUUUAGGCCUAAAUGGUACCACUGGUGCCAACUCAGCCUACAGCAAAGGGACUCUUAAUAUAUCGGAUAUCAAACGGAACAUAGCACAGUACAAUCUCCAACAAACCGUCUACAACGAAGAUAUUUUCGGGCCUUUACAAAACGAUUCUGUAGUUAUAGUAAUCCAGAUACAUGACCGCAUAACUUAUCUCCGACACCUUAUUGUAAGUUUAGCCCAAGCUCGUGGUAUUUCCCAAGCCCUUCUAGUCUUCUCGCAUGAUUUUUACGACGAAGAAAUAAACAGUUUGGUCCAAAGUGUCGAUUUUUGUAAAGUCAUCCAGAUAUUUUAUCCAUACUCGAUCCAAACACAUCCGCACGAAUUCCCUGGCGAGGAUCCAAACGACUGUCCACGCGAUAUUAAACGAGAACAGGCACUAAUCCAGAAAUGCAACAAUGCCCUCUACCCCGACCUUUAUGGUCACUAUCGGGAGGCGAAAUUCACCCAAACGAAACACCACUGGUGGUGGAAAGCAAACCGAGUGUUCAACCAGUUAGAAAUUACUAGAAACCACACGGGACUUGUGGUAUUUUUGGAAGAGGAUCAUUACGUAGCUGAAGACUUUAUUUAUAUUUUGAGAUUAAUGGAGAAGACUUGCAAGGAGUCUUGCAAACACUGCAACAUCCUCUCGUUGGGUACCUAUCUAAAAACUUUUAAUUACUACGGGGAUGCUAAAAAGAAAGAGGCUUUGCGAGCUAUCAAGCAACAAUCUAUUAUUAGCGCAGGUCAAGUGCAUCCCUCCUGGACAUUCCAAGUGCUGCCCUCACUCUAUCAGCACUCACAGAAGGUAGCUUCCGCUUGCCUUCAUGUCGCUUUAUGUGUACAUCAAUUUCAUCAUGCUCAAUCACGAAUUUUGCAAGUCUUUAAAAGUGAUGUUUUCAAGGUGGAAAUAACACCUUGGAUUAGUAGUAAGCAUAACAUGGGGAUGGCGUUUAACCGCUCCACGUGGAUGGAUAUAGUAGGCUGUGCUGAUUAUUUUUGCAAAUAUGACGACUACAAUUGGGAUUGGUCUUUACAACAUAUUUCGCAAAAUUGUUUGAAACAUAAAUUCCAUGCUAUGGUGGUACGAGGUCCAAGAGUCUUCCAUAUUGGAGAAUGUGGUGUACACCAUAAGAAAAACAACUGUGAAUCGACGGCUGUAAUUUCAAAAGUUCAACAAGUGCUAAACACUGCUAAAAGACAUUUGUAUCCGAACUAUUUAACACUAACGUAUACAACACUUUUGAAGAAAACUAAAUUAAGAAAGGGUAAUGGAGGAUGGGGGGACCGAAGAGACCAUAAACUUUGUAUGAGUAUGACGCUUAGGUAGUUAAAUUUUCGCAUUUUGGUGAUAUUGAAUUGAUCUUUUCGAUUUUUGAGAGCCAGGGGACUGAUACGUAUUGUUUUCAUUAUGUGCUUUAGUUAACAUUGUUUCACCAUAAAAACGUUAUAUUUUUAUAACAAUUUUGUUACAUUUCAUUUUAGUCAACAUUUUAUAUCUAGUCUUAGUUAUUGUUGCCAAGCGAAAACUCAGUCGGCUUCUACUUCAUUUGCACAAUAGGAGCUACUUGAUUUUUUACUAUGCAACAAUCUAUAUAUGUAUAUAAAUGUGUCCAUUUUGUUGCAUAUCUUUUUAAAUACUCUUCCUGUCCAAUUCUAUGAAUCUCUUGCCACUUUCUAUAUACAUACACUCAUUUUAUCAGGAAGAUGCUCAACUAUUCAUAAGUUUUUACUUACAUGGAAUAGCAAGUAUUUCUUUCAAUUCUAGUCAUGUCUUGUAGCAGGACCAAAAUUUUAUGAUGUCAAAGCUUAAAGUUGUUAUUUUCGUUAAACGAUGCUUUAGUGCAGUAUAAUGUUGUAACUCAGUUCAAUGUCCAAAAACAUGUAACUGUGUAGCGAAUAAAACCAUAGUCAGUUGAA